AUGUUAGAUGUCCUUGCACGGAAGCCGGAAGAGCUGCAGUAUCCGAAUGGGCUCGAAUCAACGCCGUACAAGGCAGGCACAGGACACGGGCGUGUCUACAAGAUGCCUCGAGGCUGGAGCUGUAACAACGUUACAAAGGAUGUGUAUAAAUACGUCCGAGAGGGAUCACUAAGGCUGAGUACACAAGGUAGGGUAUGGAAUGUCCAUGUACUGAAACCUAUCUUCCGCUCUCCUGGAGCACCUGCUAUCUUUAUAGACAUUGAGACCCCAAGGCCUGCUGGUUGUUACAGGAGCCUUGACCCAGUGAAAACAGGACAUGCCCCAAUAGGCACCUAUCGACGGGAAUCCCCCGAGUGCCAGGCUUGUAAGGAGCUUCAUGGGGCGGUGAGGCAUGUGCUUUUUGAGUGCCGAGGACGCCGUGCAGGCCGGAGAGCUCUAUAUCGAGUUCCCCAGGGAGCUGAGGUGCCGCUGCCUACAGCAGCUGAGGAAAACCCCGAGGCUAGGCUGUUUGCUGAGCCUAGCGCGGCGCAGGGAUUACUGCAAUUCGUAACUGAGGUCAAUCUGUUUAAGGAUAAGGAGCAGGCAGUCAGAGAGGCUGAGAUCAGUGAUGUUUGGGGAUGGGACACGUUGGAGGAAGGUGGCCUAGGUGUCACCUCUGAGAAGGAAUAG